UCCUUCAUUACUGAGAAACAUAUUGAAGUUGAAAUCCGCGCAUUGAUCAGUACUAUCAUUCGGUAUAAAAAACAGACAAAUCAAUGGCUCGCUGCUUCUCACGCACUGAAUUCUGCUCUAAAGGCGCAGAUGGAAUAAAUUUUUUUAGAAGAGGGCGGAACGAGAACUCGGCCAAAGGAUGCGAGCAGACUCACUUGAUUGGCCUACUCUCAGUUUCGAUCAUGUCCGCCUUGCUUUGCCCCUAUAUGCCUGCUUCCUCCUUCGGGAAACCGAUUAGGCUGUCUCGCUCAGCUUGGGGGUAUUCUUCCAUUACUCGUCCCUCAAGAAUUAGAGUCUACAGUAGCUACGCUGCGACGAAUAUUAGUCAGGAUUCCAUUUCGGCACCCAUUGAUGUUGUAGCUGAUGUUAAAACUGAGAGGAUUGUUGUACUUGGAGGCACCGGAUUUGUUGGUACGGCAAUUUGCAAGGCUGCAGUAUCAAAGGGCAUUGAAGUGGUCAGCGUAAGCAGGUCAGGUAGGCCUUCUUAUUCUGAUCCAUGGGUUGAUCAGGUCACAUGGACGCCAGGAGAUGUCUUCUAUCUACGUUGGGAUGAAGUUUUGGUUGGAACAACUGCAGUUGUUUCUACUCUUGGGGGAUUUGGAAAUGAGGAGCAAAUGAAGAAGAUUAACGGGGAAGCAAACAUCUUGGCUGUAGGUGCCGCCAAGGAUUAUGGUGUUCCGAAGUUCGUGCUGAUCUCUGUUCAUGAUUAUAAACUUCCUUCUUUCUUACUCUCUUCUGGGUACUUCACUGGAAAGCGAAAGGCAGAAUCAGAGGUCCUAUCAAAGUAUCCAAACUCAGGUGCAGUCCUAAGACCUGCUUUCAUAUAUGGGAAGCGAAAAGUGAAUGGAUUUGAGAUCCCUCUUGACCUUAUUGGGGAACCUCUGGAAAGACUGCUGCUUGCUACAGAGAGAUUUACCAAGCCCCUAAGCUCCCUUCCUGGUUCUGAUCUCUUGGCUCCUCCUUUGAGUGUUGAUGAUGUUGCUUUUGCAGCAAUAAAUGCAGUUUUGGACGACGAUUUCUUCGGUGUUUUCACAAUAGAGCAGAUCAAAGAAGCUGCAGCAAAGGUGAGGGCUUGAACUCAGCUUCUUCUCUUAGAAAAGAUGUUAUUUUAUGCUGUUUAAUUGAAUUGUAUGUAAUGUUUUAAAGCUUGAAAAUAAUGAUGUAGCUCAAAAUCCAUGCAAAAUCAUCUUUUUAUUGUAACUUUUCUCCUGCAACCAAUAAAAAAAAAGGGCUUUUUACAUAAACA